AUCAGUCAACAAAGUUCUGAGUUCAAGAUUCCCAUCUCAAUGAAGAAGACGAAGCAUUCUCUGUUUCGGACUUCCAAAAGACCCGAAAUUUCAGUUUAAAAACCCGACUCCCGACCCGUUUUUCACAGAACCAAAAAAAAGAAUGGAGCUUCCGAUUUUCUCUGUAUCUUCAAACACUUCAACGAUGUCGUUUGGUGCAAGAAUCGGGAUCUGUUCCACUUCAACCUCGAGGAUUUCCCAUUUCCCGGUCAGAAAGCGCGCCGUCGGUAGGGUUCGGUUGCCGUCCGGCGUCAGGGCGUCGGCGGAGCCGAGGAGUGAAAGAUUGGAGGAGGGACAGACACGUGGGAGGUUCACCGGACCAGCCAUGGAAAUGACCACACUGGAUGCGAGUUUCAGAGAAACAGAGUUCCCUGUUUGGGAGAAGAUUGGUGCUGUUGUGAGGCUCAGCUAUGGUGUUGGGAUUUAUGGUGCAAUGGCUCUGGCUGGAAGAUUUAUAUGUUCAAUAUCUGGGAUUGAUUGGAUGGGCGGGUUCCAACCAUCUUUGGAUGCUAUUUUGGGAGGGCUUGGCUAUGCUGUCCCUCCAAUUAUGGCCCUGCUCUUCAUACUUGACGAUGAAGUUGUGAAGUUAUCGCCUCAUGCUCGUGCAAUUAGAGACGUUGAGGACGAGGAGCUUCGAAGCUUCUUUUACGGAAUGUCUCCAUGGCAGUUCAUUUUGAUCGUUGCAGCAAGCUCGGUCGGGGAGGAGCUCUUUUACCGAGCAGCCGUUCAGGGAGCACUUGCUGAUAUAUUCUUAAGAAGUACUGAUAUUGGAGCUGAUGUUCAAGGAAUGGCAUCUCUGACCGGCGUGCUGCCUCCAUUUGUGCCAUUUGCACAAGCAUUUGCAGCUGUUAUCACAGCUGCUCUUACAGGUUCACUAUAUUACGUCGCUGCGUCGCCGAAAGAUCCUACUUAUGUAGUUGCUCCGGUUUUGCAAUCUCGUUCUAGUCGCGACGAUCUUAAAAAGCUUUUCGCAGCGUGGUACGAGAGAAGACAAAUGAAGAAGAUCUACUCUCCGCUCCUCGAAGGACUCCUCGCUCUCUAUCUCGGUUUCGAAUGGAUCCAGACCGAUAACAUUCUUGCUCCGAUGAUCACGCACGGGAUAUACUCGGCGGUGAUAUUGGGACAUGGACUUUGGAAGAUCCACGACCACCGGAGAAGGCUACGACAGAGAAUUCAGCAGCUUAAGAUGGAAGGAAAAGGGUCAGAUAGUUUGUGAAAGGGAAGGGGAAGAGUUUAUAUAGAGAGCAAAAAGAACAUGUAAAUUAUAGGUUGGCAGAGCCAAAAUUUUCCAUCUUGAUCAUAAGCUGUUCAUACAAGAAUUGAAGUAUAUAUUGUAUGGAUCAAGAGACUUAAACGUGUGCAUAUGAAGAAAGUUAUAGUGAUA